GUGCGAGCGGUGAGGAGGGGGCGGAGCCUUCGCGCAGGGAGCUGUACGCAGCGCGAUUGCGCUGCUGCGGAGCCGGAACGGAGCCUGAGACCUGGUCGAAGCUGGGUUUAGCCAAAUCCAGAGGCUCACAGACUGAAACAGCACACUUCUCCCACUGGCCUCUUCUUCACCAUGAUUCACAGUCUUUUCUUGAUCAACUCUGCUGGGGAUAUUUUCCUGGAGAAGCACUGGAAAAGCGUGGUCAGCCGCUCUGUUUGCGAUUACUUUUUCGAGGCCCAAGAGAGAGCUACAGAGGCGGAAAAUGUGCCUCCCGUCAUCCCUACACCUCACCACUACCUUCUGAGCGUUUACCGACACAAGAUCUUCUUUGUGGCUGUGAUCCAGACGGAGGUCCCGCCUCUGUUUGUCAUUGAAUUCCUUCACCGAGUAGUGGACACAUUUCAGGACUAUUUCGGGGUCUGCUCCGAGCCAGUGAUCAAAGACAACGUGGUGGUGGUCUACGAGGUGUUGGAAGAGAUGCUGGACAAUGGGUUCCCCUUGGCCACGGAGUCAAACAUCCUCAAGGAGCUGAUAAAGCCCCCCACCAUCCUGCGGACAGUAGUCAACACCAUCACAGGAAGCACCAAUGUGGGCGACCAGCUUCCAACUGGGCAGCUGUCGGUGGUGCCUUGGCGACGGACUGGGGUGAAAUAUACCAACAACGAGGCCUAUUUCGACGUGGUUGAAGAGAUAGACGCCAUCAUUGACAAAUCAGGUUCCACAGUCACCGCUGAGAUCCAAGGGGUGAUUGAUGCCUGUGUUAAACUGACCGGGAUGCCAGAUCUCACGCUGUCCUUCAUGAACCCCAGGUUGCUGGACGAUGUUAGCUUCCACCCCUGUGUCCGUUUCAAGCGCUGGGAAUCUGAGCGCAUCCUCUCCUUCAUCCCUCCUGACGGCAACUUCCGCCUGCUCUCCUACCACGUCAGUGCACAGAACCUAGUUGCCAUUCCAGUCUACGUCAAACACAGCAUCAGCUUCCGGGACAGUGGCUCACUUGGACGCUUUGAAAUCACAGUGGGGCCGAAGCAGACCAUGGGGAAGACCAUAGAGGGUGUGACUGUAACCAGCCAGAUGCCCAAGGGAGUCUUGAACAUGAGUCUCACUCCAUCCCAGGGGACACACACGUUCGACCCGGUGACAAAGAUGCUGUCUUGGGAUGUAGGAAAAAUAAACCCGCAAAAGCUGCCAAGUUUGAAGGGGACAAUGGGUCUCCAGGUCGGAGCUUCUAAACCCGAUGAGAACCCUACAAUUAAUCUUCAGUUCAAGAUCCAGCAGCUGGCCAUUUCUGGACUCAAAGUGAACCGUCUGGAUAUGUACGGAGAGAAGUACAAGCCCUUUAAGGGCAUAAAAUACAUGACCAAAGCCGGCAAGUUCCAAGUCCGAACCUGAAGGGAAAGUCUUGGUGAAGGAACAGUCACGAACACUUUUUCGUUUCUUACUUGUCUAAAAGUAAAAUGUCAGCCUGUUUCUUAGGUCAGUUCCCUCAGGCUCCAUCUGCCCCCGUUGUCCUCUGUCUUCAGUACCACAUAAGUGAUGGAGGGACAGGAGGUUCCUCAGGGAAAACGCAGCCAAACCCAUCGCAGCACUGACUGAGUCCUAGAGGUGUGGGCUGGAGAGCGGUGGCCUUGUCGCACUGCAUUUCACCUCUUAACACGGUUGCCAUCGGGAAAAACCGGCCUUUGACGUUUGGUUUCAAUCACCUAACCCCAAUGGAAGAUGUCUAUAUCGAUUUUUUUUUAUGAUAGAAAGAUUUGAAAGAGAAAAAAAAAAGAAUAGAAAAAAUGGGUGUUAGUCCAAGAAAGAGCAGUUGAGAUUUGAUUCGUUGGUCUGGGUUGUAACUCGGUGAUCAAGUGCCGACCUGGGUCCUGUGCGAGCCCUGGUUCAUUCCUGGUACCGUCCACAGUACAAGACAGAUCUGCUCUACGAGGGGCAAGACCGAGAAGCUGGUGUGAAGAGAGUUGUGAAGAGAGAGGUUACAGUGAAGAGUUGGUGAGAACAGUCAUCAGAAUCUCCCCAGGGGCUAGGACGAGCAGAACGCAGUGGUUGCUUUCUGACCCCCUCUUACGUGUAGAAAGGAUUUGCAUGUCCAGGACUUUCAAAGUUCAAGUCCACGCUUGAACUGAAACUGCAGUGGGAUCAGCGUCCUUUGGAGACUAAGGUGCCACGCACGGCCUGCCUCUUGAGAUUCUCACUCGCUGUUUGCGCUGGCCCAUCGUCCUGGUGGGAAGGUUACCUGUCAGAGCAGCUUACAGCCUUCUGCUGGUUAUCUGACUCCUCGGUGGGCUCGCCCCCCAAAACAGCAGUGCUCGGUGCAGGCAGAUCUUGUGAAUGAUAGUGGCAGAGUCGAGGUGGAACUCACCUCCCACAGUGGACCAUGCCCAUGCUCGGUGACCUCCAUUACAUUAAUGUUUGUGAGGCCGGACUGGCCCUAUGCCUUGCUUUUUCCUGUCUGAAGGUCCCAUCAGAACCCCUGAGUAGAUGUGAACCCAUUGAGGACAUGCGCGAGUGCACAAAUGCUUCCCACUGUCUGUUCCGGUCUCCAGACAGACAGCUCCCAGUCCGUUCUUACAACCUAAAAAGGUGUCUUGAGUCUCUGAAUAGAAUACCAUAGGAGGGCAGGCAGUGUUGGCCACGAGUAGCUCCCCAUUACUCCCCAGUUUGAACCCAGCAGCCUAAGGAGCAGAGUAUUCUCAAUCUGUUUCAAUGUGUCCUUUAGUCAUUUUACUAAACACAGAAGGUGCGGGUGUGUGUUGUUUUUAACUUAGAGCUUAGGGAGCAGCCUGUGCUCUGUAUUGUGCCUGGAGGGAGAAGACCGGCUUGCUUCAGUCUGCAGGGCUCCCCCUGAAGUCCCGUGUCUAAGUGCUCGUGCUUGCUUAGUUUCUAUUGUUUGCUAGUGCUCUCAUGCUGUGGCCAGGACUUAUUUUUGCUGCCCAGUAGAGUUACUCUGUGGUUUCCUUGUGGGGUGAACUGCACUGUGUACAGUCAGAUGUUCCUUACCAGGAUUUGGACUAGUGUAGCCCCACACCCUGCUGCAGGGGACACUUCGGGUCACUUUCACAGGCUCUGGGGGAUUCCGAGGUUUCUUGGGUCAUAGGUAACUAUUUGCAUCGGUCCCCGUGUGUGUUUAGGUUUGUACGUGUGGCUCAUUACUCCCAAGAGCACAGUAUAGCUUGUUUUUCUAGGCAGAGACAGGGUUGGAGUACGGGCUCCCCAGGCCCAGACACCGUGGAUACAGCCAAGCCUCGCCGUCCCCACCCAGUGGCUGUCAGCAGAGGUCGUGCAGGGCCUCUCCAUAGCUGCUCGCUCCAUGUGUGUGGUCCAUGUGUGGAAGUAGCAUUUCUGUUGAAGUCUUAAUAAAGCUUUACCAGUCUUGUGGACUC